UACAUUUCUAUUACCCCGUUGGAUUUCUGUACGUUGGUCUAAGAAAGAGUUUAAUCAUGAAUAAAAUGGUGCAAGUGGCAGCCACAUGUGAUGUACCUAUUGUUAAUCUUCAACGUGAAGAACUAUUUCAAAUGAGAUAUCCAUUUCUGAAACUCCAUGAGAAUGAGUAUGCACUGUUGGAUGACAGUGGGGCUGGUCAUAUCAGCCCUAGAAAAAUGGUGGCUGCUCAGAAGAAAGUGGCAAAACUGCAAGGUUGUCGUAUAAUUCAUGAGGUGGUUGAAGAAGUGGGAGAAUUGAAGAAUGGUGUGCAUCAGAUUUUAACUGAAAACGGAAAUCGUGUGCAAGCGAAAAGGGUGCUAUUCUGUACUGGAGCCUUCACCAAUUUCAAGAAAUUUACAGUACUAGGACAACUGGCUAUCCAAGUACAGAAAGAAACAGUAGCAUUCCUUAAAAUCCCUCUACUAGAAGCAAAACGAAUAAGCUCCAUGCCUAGUAUUGUCUACGACAGAGAUAAGGAAAAGGAUAGAGAAGCUUUGGGAGCGUAUAUUUUGCCUCCCGUCCAAUAUCCAGAUGGAAAUUACUACCUGAAGAUUGGCCAUAUCGGCGUUGGAGACUGGGAAAUAAAAUCUUUGCCUGAAAUCAAAGAGUGGUAUCUUUCAAAGGGUGACAAGAGAGUAAUAGAUGUUUACUCAAAGCUGCUUAUCGAAAUGCUUCCAGGUUUGGAAGUUGAAAGCAUCAGCAGCUCGACAUGCGUCACCUGUGAUUCGCCAUCGGGUCUGCCUUACAUUGACCGAGUGACUCCCACCGUCACUGUAGCGGUUGUGGGUAAUGGCAAAGGAGCCAAGAUGUCUGAUGAAGUGGGCAGAAUAGCAGCACACUUAAGCGUAACAGGGAAGUGGGAUUCGGAAUUAAUGCAAUCGCAGUUCAAGGCAAUUUUUGCUGAAAACUGAAGUCUUCUGUUAAAAAUUACCUGAUGAUACAAAAAGUAAUGACGAUUUCUAAAAAUAAUAAUGUAACUAUAGAUUAAAAUAAAGU